UUGCCAGGACCAUACCCACUCCCCUCUGAUCAUGGCAGAUGCGGGAAGUUACCAAGCCGGUUUCGGCCCCAGGAUGUGGCAGCACUGUGCCCUGCUCCUGUCCCUGACCCUGCUACCAGUGGUAUCUGGAGGAGCUGACUCCAAGGGUGUCACCACCAGUCUCACCACCAAGUGGGCCUCUACCCCUCUGCUGCUGGAGGCCAGUGAGUUCCUGGCAGAAGAGAGUCAGGAGAUGUUCUGGGAUUUCGUCGAAGCAAAUCAGAACAUCAAAGGGGACCAUGAUGAUACAGACCAGGCGUACUACGACCUGAUCAUGAAGAGAGCCAGUGCUCUGCUUAGCACAGUCCAACUCAACAUGCUCAAGUUCGCCCUAUCUCUCAGGGCCUACUCUGCUACUGUACACUCCUUCCAACAAAUAGCGUCCAARGAGCCCCCUCCCUCRGGCUGCUCAGCCUUCUUCAAUGUCCACGGAGAGAAGUCAUGUGACACGGAGAAACUGGCUGCACUGAUGGAGACCGCAGCAGAACGGAUUGGGCUGGUGUUUGUGGUGUCUGAUGUUGAUGAGGUAGAUGGUAUGGAGGAUGCAGGUGUGGCUCUGCUCCGAGCCUUUAACUACAUCACAGAAGAGCUGGACGCUCCCGCCGCCUUCGACACCAUCAUCUCGAUGUUUAACCGCGUGCCUAGCGGUGGUAAGCUAAGUGUAGGUGAUGUAGUCAAGGUGUUGGAGAAGAAGUUUCCCUACGUGGAGGUUGGCAGCAUUCUUGGACCAGACUCCACUUACGACGACAACAGGAAGGAAGGGCGUGGUUACUACUUGCAGACGGGUGUAGGUCCGUUGCCAGUGGUGAUGUACAACGGAAUGCCGUACCAGCGAGAACAGCUAGACCCAGAGGAGCUAGAAACUGUCACCAUGCACAAAAUACUGGAGACUACCAGCUUCUACCAACGGGCUGUCUACAUGGGUGAGCUGGCCACUGAUCAAGAUGUGGUGGAUUUCAUCAUGACCCAACCCAACGUUGUCCCUCGUAUCAACCCCCGAAUCCUGUCGACUGCCAGGACGUACCUGGACCUAUCUAAUACUAAUAACCAUUUCAUAGACCAGUACGCUCGCUUUCUGUUCCUGGACACCAGAGAGAAGAGCACUGCUGUGGCUAACAGCAUGAACUACAUGACCAAGAAGGACAGUAUUACGAUCCAUAGUUCUGUGAAUCCACCAUAUCUCACUCCUCAUCAACAUUAUCACACCAUCUUGCAUCUCUAUGAUGGCUACAUCCGUCCAGUCACGUUCUGGGUUGUGGGAGAUUUUGACCAACCUUCGGGACGCCAGCUACUAUACGAUGCCAUCAGACACAUGAAAACCAGUAACAACGUGCGAUUGGGCCUGAUCAACAACCCUAGCGACAGCCCAUCCGAGGAGAACAGUCGUGUUGCCAGGGCGAUAUGGGCCGCCAUACAGACCCAGACAGCUAACAACGCUAAAAACUACAUCACCAAGCUGGCUAAAGAAGAGACCGCUAAGGCACUGGAGACUGGGGGCGAUGUCACACAGUUCACUGUCGGGGGUAUGGACGUUGCCUUGUUUAAGAGUGCGUUUGAAGGUCCUAAGUUUGACUUCCUGCUGUCUCACGCUGUCUACUGCCGAGACGUUCUCAAGCUGGGGAAAGGACAGAGAGCAGUCAUCAGCAACGGACGGCUCAUUGGUCCGCUAGAGGAUGGGGAGGUCUUUAACCAAGAUGACUUCCUCCUAUUGGAGAGUAUCAUUUUGAAGACCUCGGGAGAGCGAAUCAAAAGCAAGGUCCAGCAGUUUGGGGUGGAGGAGGACAGGGCCAGUGACCUGGUGAUGAAGAUCGACUCUCUGCUCUCCUCUCAGCCCAAAGGAGAGGCCAGGAUAGAACAUGCCUUUGCUGAUGACCGAUACAGUGCUGUAAAGAUCCGGCCCGCAGAGGGAGACGUCUACUUUGACAUGGUUGCCGUGAUAGACCCCGUAACCAGGGACGCCCAGAAACUAGCUCCGCUCCUAUUGGUGUUGAAGAAGCUGGUCAAUGUGAACCUGCGGGUGUUUAUGAACUGCCAGUCCAAACUCUCAGACCUGCCUCUCAAAAGUUUCUACCGGUAUGUGUUGGAGCCUGAGGUGUUGUUCCAGACUGACGGUAGUUUCUCCCCUGGUCCCCUGGCUAAGUUCCUGGACAUGCCRCAAACUCCCCUCUUCACACUCAACCUCAACACCCCUGAGAGCUGGAUGGUGGAGUCUAUACGCACUCGAUAUGACCUGGACAAUAUCUACCUGGAAGAGGUGGACAGUAUAGUAGCAGCAGAAUACGAGUUGGAACAUCUGCUGCUGGAGGGUCACUGUUUUGACGUGAGUACAGGUCAGCCCCCCAGAGGACUCCAGUUCACCCUGGGAACCCCCUCCGACCCUGUCAUCGUCGACACCAUCGUCAUGGCCAACCUGGGUUAUUUCCAGUUGAAGGCUAACCCAGGAGCCUGGAUCCUGAAGCUGAGGAAAGGACGGUCUGACGAAAUCUACAAGAUCUACAGUCACGAUGGAACAGACUCUCCAGCAGACGCUGAUGACCUCAUCGUGGUGCUCAACAACUUCAAGAGCCGGAUCAUCAAAGUCAAGGUCCAGAAGAGGCCAGAGAAGUUCAGUGAGGAGCUGUUGAGUGAUGGAUCCCAGGAGAACGACUCUGGCUUCUGGGAGUCACUCACCAGAGGGUUUACAGGAGGUGUGAAGACGGAGGAGAGUAAACAGGAGAAGGAUGAUGUCAUCAACAUCUUCUCUGUGGCCUCUGGACACCUCUACGAACGUUUCCUCAGGAUCAUGAUGUUGUCUGUUCUAAAGAACACCAAAACACCAGUCAAGUUCUGGUUCCUCAAAAACUACCUGUCCCCGGCAUUUAAGGAGUUUAURCCGUACAUGGCAGAGCAGUAUGGRUUCCAGUAUGAACUAGUCCAGUAUAAGUGGCCGCGGUGGUUACACCAGCAGACCGAGAAACAGAGGAUCAUCUGGGGUUACAAGAUCCUCUUCCUGGAUGUCCUGUUCCCUCUGUCCGUCGACAAGUUCUUAUUCGUGGACGCAGAUCAGAUAGUGCGUACCGACCUGAAGGAGCUCCGAGACUUUGACCUUGAAGGAGCGCCGUAUGGAUACACACCGUUCUGUGAGAGCCGGAGAGAGAUGGACGGCUUCCGCUUCUGGAAGUCCGGCUACUGGGCGAGUCACCUCGCUGGACGCAAAUAUCACAUCAGUGCUCUGUAUGUGGUAGAUCUGAAGAAGUUCCGUAAGAUAGCAGCAGGAGACAGACUGAGAGGACAAUACCAAGGCCUGAGUCAAGACCCCAACAGCCUGUCCAACCUCGACCAGGAUCUGCCUAAUAAUAUGAUCCACCAGGUGCCUAUCAAGUCUCUACCUCAGGAGUGGCUCUGGUGUGAGACUUGGUGUGACGACAACUCUAAGAAAAAGGCCAAGACUAUAGAUCUGUGRAACAACCCCCAGACCAAGGAGCCCAAGUUGCAGGCAGCUGUUCGUAUCGUAGCAGAGUGGAGCGACUACGACCAGGAGAUCAAACGCCUGCAGAACAGAGUCCAGGAGAGAGGAGCAGAGAACCACACCACACAGAAGGACAAGCCAGAUGAUACACAUACAGAGUUGUGAGACCAGUGGAUGGAAUAGUGGCUGUAGCAGCAACAAAAGAUGGAACCAUGUUCGACAAUGCUGUUCUCCUUUGGAACAGCAUUGACAGAGGGACUGCAAACCAAUAACCAUUCAAUCAUUCAUUUUCCAUUUAUUUGUAUUUUCUCUGUUGUGAGAGUGGUGAGGAUACGGGAUAGGGGUGCUGGGUGGGGAUGAUAUGGGGUGACUGUUAGUGGAUGAUAGAGAUGUGUGUGUGGGUGGGUCUGUGAAAAAUCAAACAUUUUCAACAGUCCCCCCCCCCAAUAUUUUUGAUCCAUCCGUGUUUGCACUGAUUAGGACACCUUUUAUAACAACUGUCUGUGGGUAGAGGUUUGGGCUUAGGAGUUAAAUCACACUGAUAAAUAGCAGCUUAAGUUAUGAGAUGAGAGUUUUGUCCUGUUCUAUGCCUUCUGUUUCUGUGCUUUAGACUUCAGUUGUCCAUGGCCUGUGUCAAACUCAGGGAAAGAUGGUUUUGGCCAAUCGACCCGAUUCAAACUCUUAAUGACAAUACAAAGAGGACUGGAGUGACAUUUUAUUUAAUUUAAAACAGACAUUAGUUCUGUCAUGUAGUAAAAUAGGGAUUCAUACCUCUACAAUUCAAUUUACCUGCAACAUUCAGAACGUUGCAUCCUUGUGAGCAUGAUGUGGAGUUAAGGGAUGUGUGGAUGAGGACAUAUCAGCGACAGACGGCACUGGGAGUUCCAUGAUCACUCAAAUUGAUUGUAACAGCGACUUGAAAGGCAGCAGGGUUUUGACUAGAAUGCUGUAGUUCAGGGUGGCCAAUCUUAUCCACAAAAGGUCUGUGGGUGCAGGGUUUUGUUCUCGCAACACACCCAUUUCAUUUAGUCAGUCUAAUGAAGAUGAUGAUUAAUGGGCUUGUUGAAUCAGACUGCUUGACUGGAACAAAAGCCUGGGUCAGAUUGGCCACCCCUGUUGUAGUAACUCCUGUUUUCUCCGCUGUGGUCUGUUCUGGAGUAAACACUUAGUCAUCCAUUACCAACCGCUGGCUGUUUCCGUUCUUUGUUUUGGCUAAAUAUGUACUGUUAAUUGUGGGAAAUCAAUAUUUUGUAAUAAAAAUCAAGGAGCCCAACACUGGUCGUUUAGUGACCCCGAUCCCU